AUGGCGUCAUUCACUCAAAGCUAUCGCACAUUCCUCAAGGCCGGUUAUGCUGCUGUAGGUCAUCGUGCAAAAGAUAAACAAGCCAUUCGCGAUCGCAUUCGUUCUCGAUUUGAGCAUGGCGACAUGGCCGAUCCCGUCAAAAGUGAGAACACGUUACGAAUGCUUAUCGACGCGUCGCAUUAUCGUGGUAUGGAACGUGCUGUUGUACGCAACAUUUGUCGUUUGUAUGCACUCGAAAAGGAAUAUGCCAUCAGACCACCCUUUUACAAUCGCAAGCUGAGGCCUGAAAUUAAGCAUCUACAUGAUCACGCCUAUGACGACAUCCAUUUACUGGUUCAAAUGCUCAAUAAAGAAAUGAAUUUGUGUUUAUGA